AUGAAGUCCUCUGUUCUCUCUGCUUUGGCGCUCGCCGUGGGCGCUCUGGCUGCUCCGUCGGCGAAGGUCGACGCCGAGCUGCAGAAGCGUGACGACACCGGCGCCUUCAGUCUGUAUGCGUGGGGUGUUGCCGCAUCGGGACUCAAGUUCUUCUAUUCUGACGGCCUCGCAUACGCCGGUGAUUCCUCCCUGUGGCCUUAUGGCUCCGUUACCACCGACGUCGACUUCCACCGGGUCGACGACGUGCUCGUAACUACCGCUACCACCACCGGCAUCACGCUCGACUCCGACACCCUGUUCUAUAUCCGUCCCGUUGACGACGAAGUCCUGCCCGUUGGGUACACCGGCAACGGAAUCGCCACGCCCGAUGACGCCGUCACCACCGGGUUCCUCUUCUAUGGCUCGUAUCUGAUGUGGGAAGAGUCGUCAGGCCAGCUGGCGGACGUUUUCCGUCUCAAGGAGACGAAUGUCACUGGCGUUUACCAGGUUUAUUGGGAUCAGUCCAGUCUGGAUUUGAGUGGGUACUCGUUCCCGAGUGUGUUGGAUACGGCGCCUUGA